AUAAUGUCUUUUCGAGAAUAAUUUAUGGAUAAAAAUAAUUUUGUAUACAAGAUAUGGCUCUGUUAUUAUCGAUUUGGUUGGAAGAAAAUUGUUGAAGAAGUUCGUCAUAAAUAGGAGAGAGGGCAGCACUUGAUUAUGCCUGAAAACGUUCGAAUGUCGCUACUGUACUUUUCUGUUUGAUUUCUACGUAAAGAUUCGAUGAAUUUCCAUUUAGAAGAUUGGUAUUAUGUUGAGGUUAUGUUUAUAAUAAUCGGUCCUCUUUCGACCACAUGUUAUAACCUCUUUGAUAGUUUUGUUUAAUUUAUGUUGUUACAUCGUUAAAAAUAUUUGGACUGGAUUAAAAAUGGGUAAAAAGGGAAAAAUCGGAAAACAAAGGAAAGAUAAAUAUUAUCAAUUAGCCAAGGAAACUGGUUAUAGAUCACGUGCUGCUUUCAAAUUAAUACAGCUUAAUCGUAAAUUUGAGUUUCUUCAAAAAUCUCGAGUAUGUAUAGAUUUAUGUGCUGCACCUGGUGGAUGGAUGCAAGUGGCACGACAAAAUAUGCCAGUAUCAUCUAUAGUUAUUGGAAUAGAUUUGUUUCCAAUCAAACCAAUACCUGGUUGUAUAAGUUUAGUCGAAGAUAUUACGACAGAUAAAUGUAGAGUGGCCAUUACUCGUGAAUUAAAAACUUGGAAGGCAGAUGUUAUUUUAAACGAUGGUGCACCUAACGUUGGAAAAAAUUGGCUCCACGAUGCAUAUCAACAAGCUGUUUUAACUUUACACGCUGUUAAAUUAGCCACACAAUUUCUAAGACCAGGUGGAUGGUUUGUUACUAAAGUAUUCAGAUCAAAGGAUUAUAAUCCAUUGAUAUGGGUAUUUAAACAAUUAUUCAAAAAGGUACAUGCAACAAAACCACAAGCUUCUCGUAGCGAAUCAGCUGAAAUUUUUGUGAUCUGUCAAUAUUAUAUUGCACCUGAUAAAAUAGAUCCAAAAUUUUUAGAUUCAAAAUAUGUAUUCUCAGAAUUACAAUUAGAGCCUACAAAUAAAUUGAAUGUAUUCCAUCCGGAAAAACAGAAGAAACAAAAGGCCGAAGGUUAUCCGGAAAAUGAUUAUACGUUGUAUCAUUCGGUCUCUGUAAAAGAUUUUAUUAAAUUUGAAAAUGGAAUAGACGCUUUGCAAAAUACAUCGGAAAUUUUAUUAGACGACGAUGACAUUGCGAAUCACGAGAAAACAACGAAAGAGAUUAAAGAAUGUUGUAAAGAUAUUAAAGUACUUGGUAGGAAGGAUUUGCGUUUAUUACUUAAUUGGUGGAAAGCUUUAAGGGAAAUAUUUGUCGAAUCCAAAUUGAAAUCAAAUGAUAUAACGGAAGAAACAACGGAGGAGAUUAAAAAAUCUUUAACCAUUGAAGAACAAGAAGAUUUAGAGGAUGAAGAAAUUAUGCAGGAAAUAGAAAAGGUUCGUGAAGAGGAAGAAAAAGAAUUGAAGCGGAAAAAGAAAAGGGUAAACAAAGAAAGGCAAAAAUUAAACGAACGUUUGAAUCUUAAAAUGAUUCACAAAGGUGAUGAGGGACCUAAAUUAGAAGGAGACGAGAUGUUUAGUUUGACACAAAUUAAAACCCAUGAGGCAUUGGUAAAAGUAACCGAUCAAAGUCCCGAUAUCGUAGCGGAGAGCGAUCAUGAUUCUGACGAAGAACGUAAAGGAAAAUCAAAAAAGAUAAUCUAUGAAAAGGAUAAAGGACAUUUAGAUAGUUCUGAAUUGUAUUACAAGUCGGAGGAUAGCGAGUCAGAAAAAUCAGACGAUGAAAGUACGGAGGAUAGCGAGAAAUCAGGAUUAGGUUUUAGUUCGUCGGAAGACGAAGAAGAUGAAAGUGCUAAGAGGAAGAAUAAUCGAAAAAAUACUAAAAACGAAGACGAAGAGGAAACUAAUCCUCUGAUAACAGAUCUUGAUUAUAGAGAUAAAAAAACUAAGAGAAUUCACAAAGCUCAGUUAUGGUUUGAAAAGGAUGUAUUUAAAAAUUUGGAGGAUGAAAAGGAUGAGGACUUUGAAUUGGAUAAAAUGAUCGAGAAUUAUAAGGAGAAGGGUGGAAAAAUUGUUGGAGAGGAGAAGGACCAAAUGAUGGAGAAAGAAGAUGAUGAUGAUACUGACGCGGGAUCAAAUAGUGCGAGCGACGAUACAGAUUCUAAUUACGAUGUGGAGGAGAUGAUGGCGCCAAAUAAAAAAGUCAAAAAGAUAGGUGGUAAGGAUGGAUACGAAGUAGUGUCGAAAGAGAAAGCUAAUGAAAAAUUAAAGAAGAGAAAAUUAUCGGUUCAAGAUCUGGCAUUGGGUUCUUUAAUGAUACAAUCUAAGAAGGCCAGACGAGAUUUGAUCGACGGCGCUUGGAAUAGAUAUGUCUUUAACGAUACCAAUUUGCCAGAUUGGUUUGUACAGGAUGAAGAAAAGCAUAUGAAAAAAGAUGCUCCAGUACCGAAGGAACUCGUAAAAGAAUAUGAAAAGAGAGUAGAGGAUUUGAAUGUUAGACCGAUCAAAAAGGUUUUAGAAGCUAAAGCGAGGAAAAAGAAACGUUCGAUGCGUAAAUUAGAGAAAGCAAAGAAAAAGGUCGAAGCUUUAAUGGAAAGUACAGAAAUAAGUGAACGUGAAAAAGCACGACAAGUUAAAGCCAUAUAUAAGAAAGCUCAUAAGGAGCCAAAGAAGGAAGUAACUUAUGUAGUAGCAAAGAAACAUACUUCUCAAAAAAGAGCAGUAAGGCCUCCUGGAGUAAAAGGUAGAUACAAAAUAGUAGAUCCUAGAAUGAAGAAGGAUUUGCGAGCGGCUAAGGCAAAGGAAAAGACAAAAGGACGAAGUAAAAAAAAGAGUCAUGGCGGUGGUAAACCACCAAGAGGAAAGCCUAAAGUAUCGAAAGGCAAGAAGUUUAAAUAAUUUUAUUCUUUAAUGAUUGUACCUUUUUUUAUGCGACGUACGAAGUAAAUAGGAAAAAAAAGAAAAGAACGAAACGACAAAAAAGAAAAGAAGAAAGAAAAAAACGAAGCACUUCGUAAUAAUUAACCCAAACAAAUAAGAUAUAUAACAAUGGUCGACGUGGAUUCAUUUGUAAUGUACAUUUGUUUUUUUUUUUUUUUUUUUUUUUUAUGAACGAGAAAAGUCAUCGCCGUAUAAAAGGACGGUCUUAAAAUACGCUUGGAAUUACGCAAAGCGUAAUUUCAAAAUAAUAUAGACGCACAUUUCUUUUAUAUACAUAUAUAUGUAUAUAUAUAUAUAUAUGUAUAUGUUCAUAUAGAAAAUAUAUUUACAUAUAAACGAGCGCGUGUCAACAUGUUACGUAUAUUACGUACGAUAUUUAAAAUGUUUACUUUCAUUCCGUAUACCUACUUGACCUUAUUUACGUUCUUUGACUUGAUACAAGAAAGGUCAAAUAAAAUAAAUUUCUUAAUCUGUUGGUUUUCGUUUAAUAAUUAAUUAGAUUUUUUUUUUAAUAUUACAUGAUCGUGGUUAUCUCUGUUUUCAUAUCUAUCCUGUUGAAAUAUAUACCUAUAAAUAUUUAAUAAAUUAUUAUACACGCCUUAGGACCGAUACUCCUGCCGGCUAACCAACCAUUCGGUUAAAAUCCGACCUUGCUUUAUUUCAGGCAACUCUCGUAAGUACGUAUUCUAUACGUAUAUAACGAUUCUACGUAGACGUAUAGGAUCAACAACACAUCUGUAGAAUGUGUCACGUACAAGUCAGCCUAUUUUUUUUCUUUUUCUCCUUUUCUCUCUCUCUCUUUUUUCUUUUUUUAUUUUAUUUUAUUUCUUUCUCCGAAAAUCCAAGGAUACCCCCUUCUACGUGUUGAUUUAUUGCUUCUUCAUUUGUUUUUUUUUUGCGUUACGUUACAAACGAGCUUUUUAUAUCGCACAUAUAAUAGAACUUUAAAAACAUGUUUGUUCGUUUAUCCGUCCUAAAGAUAUUCCGAUCGAAUGGCAAUUCAAAGGAGGGAGAAUCGAAUUGCAAUUAAAAAUAAUUAAAUCGAGAGAAGGUAAAUCGCUAAGUUAACCAUGCCAUGCCAAUGAUUUAUUAUGAUAGAUCGUAUUGGAACAUUAUUCGACACGAUCUAGGAAAGAGAUAACGUGAGGUACAACAAACGAUACAACGACAGCUACGAUAUUAAGAUGUCCUAUUUAAGCCACCCACCUGUCUAUCGUUGCUCGUUUUCAUUCUCCUUUACCCCUCGAACUUCUUCUCAUUCUUUACUCACCCCACUAAGUUUGUCUAAUCCCCUCCUUUAACCCUGCAUCCUCGAUCUUUCGCUCUUCGUCACCCUCCACCACUCCUAUCUUCCUAGUCAAUAACCCUCUUUACCCCUCUUUACCCGUUUUAUGAGAGGGGGAGACUAUUCUACCUCCUCCUCCUCCUCCUCCUCCUCUUCCUCCUUCUCCCUCUCCUCCUCCUAUUUCUACUACGACGGUUGCAUCGAACAUUCUGAUGCAAUUGUAGCCUGCGUAGCGUUGGGACGCAGCGGUCGAUGUCAAGGACAAGGCCAAUAGAUGCUAUAACUUUCCGCGCGACGUUCCGCGUGCGGUUCGACACGCGCGCUUUUAUAUGUAGUUAUAUAUUGUCAUUCGAGAAAGCGCCGUAGAAAUUUGCCGGGCCGUCGGCCAACUGUGCUGUUCUCUAUCUCUCUUUCUCUCUCUAUCUCUCUCUUUGUUUUUCUCGAUCGAUCUUGAGUGUAUCUCUUUUUCUUUCUCUCAUUCAAGAGAGAGAGAGAGAGAGAGAGAGAGAGAGAGAGAGAGAGAGAGAGAGAGACAGAUAAGAGUCCUUGUCCUUUCGUCUUCCUUUCCUUUUAUUUUGAUUUUCGUCGUAGGACAACGUUCAUCCCCACGUCAAAAUCGUCACGGUACUUCCCUUCCCCUUCUACUUUUAGUCUCUGAACGAUAAAAUAAAUGGCUGAAUUCGCGCUCUGAUGCAAUCCGCGUUGCGUCGAGACGCUGCAACGGGCAAUGUCAAGGACGCGGCUGACGGCAUACACGAGAGAGGAAAAGAGAGAGAGAGAGUGAAUAAGUGAGUGAGUCCUCUGUGUGUAUAUGUAUGUGUGUGUGUGUGUGUGAGAGAGAGAGAGAGAGUGUGUGUGUUUGUGUAUAUGUUUGUGUACAAAAUUUAUUUCUAUUGGGUUUUGUGUAUGGUAUAGCGAAUAAGUGAACACAAAGAAAGAAAUAGAAAUUAUUCGAAUUUGAAAUGUGAUUCGACAUAUGGAUAAAUAAUAAAAUAUAUUAUUGAUUAAGAAUGAA